AAAAAAGUAGCGCCUCUUCCGAUUCCCUCAUUUUUCCGUUUUUCUCUAUGCAGAAGAACGUAAGCAACGCUGGAAUCGCACUGAAUAGCCAUUAGUGCGUUGCGUGUAAUAUCUCUCCGAUUCUCUUUCUCCGCGAUGGAAAGGAGCAAUAGCAAGAAGAAGUCCCUGAAGUCGAGGCUUUCGAACGAGAACGUUCCUCCAUUGCAGAUCGAUUCGGAGGAAAGAAGAGGACGCUAUCUCCAACCAACCGCGAUGAGUCCACGGUUCCAACCGUACGCCGAGAACAUCGACGCCGGUUCGCCGCUCACGCGCCACCUCUUCGCCGGAUCUCCGCUCUCCGGCAAGGUCGCCGGCGACGGCGAGGCCUUCAUUUCUCCGAAGUUCGGCGCCAGGACAGCGAAAGCGCUUCAGUACUGCGGCACUAGUUCGGGAGGAAGCAGUAGCUUCUGUUCUCGCGGUUGGUUGACGUCUUCGCCGCUUUCGUCACUCGAAAACAUGGAGAUUGCGCCGCUCAGGUCGCCUCCGGUGUACCGAACGCCGUCGACGGGGGACGAUGACGUCAUCGUGAUGGAUGCUAUUCUCGUGAGGCCGGUGUCCGGAGGAACGAGCGGAAGGUCUUCAUCUUCCUCCAGCCGCGGUUCGUCCUCUUCGUCGACGGCGAAGAGCGUGUUCAAGACGGAGAUUUGCAAAGCGCGGGAAGAAUCUGGUAACAGUCGCUACAACUCCAAAAGCCAGUAUGGACGCGUACCAGAAGAGGAUCGUAGCAUUAUAUUGGCCAGGAAAAGAAAAUCUGAGGCAGAGACAAGCAGCUCAUCUGUUGGAGCAGAAUCAAGCACCCAUGGCCCAAGCAGCGAUGUUCAUCAGCAGUAUGCAGCAGCUGAAUCUGAUCCCGCAGUCUCAACAUCCCAACCAACUUCAGCCGAAUCUGAUCAUGAAGUCACUACAUCCGAACCAACUUCAGCCGAAACUCAUGAUACCCUUACCGAUUCCAACACUUUCAAUGACUGGUCACCCCUAGAUGAUGGCAUUGAGGUUGUUCUGCUAGGUUCAGAUAAAGCUCCAUCAAGGGAACAAGUUGAUGUUCAUAUUUCUGGGAUUCAGCAUGGCUGGACUGGUAAAAGGAGACUACUAGUGUUUGAAGCAAUUUGCAAGGGGGAUUGAUUCCCAUUAUUGAUAGUACGCAUCUUCACUGAUGGAAGUUACUCAAGAGUAAAACCAUAGUUUUUCUUCUUCUGCCAUUUGAAUAAUUUUCCCCAAUUUUAAAAUAAAUAAAGUCAUAUUUGGGGCGUUUUGGAAGAGGGCGAGCCCUGGUACAGCGGUAAAGUUGUGCCUUGGUGACUUGUUGGUCAUGGGUUCGAAUCCGGAAACAGCCUCUUUGCAUAUGCAAGGGUAAGGCUGCGUGCUCCAGUGCACUGUAACCCUUUUUUGCGAUUAUGUCUAUCUCCUCCUCUGGUAGGACCAGUUUUGUUGUUUAGGGGCUAACUAGGCCCCUCCUUUAUACCAUAAAAAAAAAGAAGGUAUAACCGUGGUGACAGAUAAUGACCUGUGUAGUUGUGCAUACAUUUCAGAAUAAUUACAUGAUACUAAGAAAAACAGAAUUGGUAAGUUCUGGUUUUUUGAUUGAAUACCUUUCUAGAUAUGAGUAGGCAUUAGAUUAACUCUUUGUAAAAAAAAUAAAAAAAGCAUUAUAUUAACUUGUACUUUGGAGCUGCACUAGCUUCCCCCCAACCCUAAAUUAGUCAAAAAUUGAGGAAUGUCACAACAGAACUAUUAGUAUCCUAGGGUGGCUUCUAUCUUAUUUAUCCAAUCAAUUUCCCUUCCAAUCAUCUCCUUCCACGUGUCAAGGAAAAGGGAACUCAAGGGGAGAAUAUUGUGACAUGUCUUGUUUGUGAUAUUCUUAAAUAUUAAAAACCACACUUUUUUUUUUUGUACCCAUGAUAAUACUAAUAUCUCACGAGUGAUUGCACUCUAGUCCACGUAAAAACAUGGCAUCACCAUCUCCACCAAAACCAAUCGAAGAGCCACGCCCACCAGAAUCAAACCCCUCUAGUGAAAAAAAAAAA